ACCUACGGCCAAGGGAUUGAAUUAAUCUGUCAAAAACAAAAAGAGUUUGUGAAGAGCUCUGUAGAAUCCAAAUGGAAUCUAGCAGAAGCCCAGCAGAAACUUGGUAGUUUAGCACUGCAUAAUUCGGAAUCCACGGAUCAGGAAUAUGCCAAAGCACAGACUGAAGCUUCAGAACUGAGACAGAGAGAGGAAGAGUGGAGAAAAAAAGAAGCAGCGCUAAUACAGAGGGAAAGACAGAAUCUAUGGAAUACAGAUUCUUUCAGUAAGGAGGUAUUUAAUAAGAGUUUUAUUAGUCAAUAUAAAAGAAAAGAAGUAGAAGAUGAAGAUAUAUCUAAAUCAUUUAUACAGAAGCAUGAACAAAAGAUUAGAUACUUUGGUAUGCUGGGCAGAUGGGAUGACAGUCAAAGAUUUUUGUCUGACCACCCGUAUCUUGUAUGUGAAGAAACAGCUAAAUAUCUCAUCUUAUGGUGUUUUCAUCUAGAAGCUGAACAGAAAAGAGCUCUGAUGGAACAAAUAGCACACCAAGCAGUUGUGAUGCAGUUUAUUAUAGAAACGGCCAGAAGUUGUAAUGUGGAUCCAAGAGGCUGUUUUCGUCUAUUUUUCCAAAAAGCCAAAGCAGGGGAAGAGGGCUAUUUGGAAGCUUUUAAAACUGAGCUCGAAGCAUUCAAAUCAAGAGUGAGAAUCCGUUCACAGUCUCAAGGCUUUCAAGCCAGUGUAUCUACUGGUAUUGUAGAAGGACUGGACUCUUUGUCACAGGAAAACAUCGAAGGUGGAAAGCUGCUGUGUGGAGUCCUACAUGAUGAGUUGCAGAAGCUGCUGAAGGACAAG